AUUCUUAUAGGUUAUUCUAGUAUUAAGUUGGUCAGUCAUAGAAUUGAAAAAUAUUAUAAGUUGGUAUGACCCAGCAACCAACCUAAUGCAUAUUACGCCGAAAAUGAUUGAAUUCUGUAAAGAAGUUGGUUUGUGCGUUGUAAAAGAUCAAUUUGUGUUUGUUAUGGGUGGUUUUGAAUACUUUUAUGAUGGAUUUAAAUACGACUAUCGGUUAUUAAGAUCUGUUAAAAUGCUUGAUGUAUCUUCAUCAUCAUUAUGUUGGGUUUCCAAGGCUGAUAUGUUAGUUAGUCGAAAAUCUUUUGGAAUUGGAGUAUUAGAUAAUAUUAUAUAUACUAUUGGUGGACUAGAUGGUAAUCGCUAUUCAAAUAGUGUAGAGGUUUAUAACCUUGAUACUGAACAACGGAAAAUGGUAUCUAGUAUGAUUUACGGGAGAGAGAAUUUUAGUGUUGGAGUACUCAAUAACCUGAUAUAUGCAGUAGGAGGUUAUAGUAAUUGUAAUGGUGGUAUGAAAUCUGUUGAAUGUUAUAAUCCCAGUCUUGACAAAUGGAACUUAGUAGAAAAAAUGUCAAAUAGGCGGUAUAAUCUUGGUGUAGCAGUUUGGGAUGGUAUAAUGUAUGCCGUUGGUGGAACUAAUGGAUCAACACCUCUUAAAAGUGUUGAAGCCUAUAAUCCAAGUACUGGAGUUUGGUCAUCUAUUGCUGAUAUGAAUUUGUGUCGAGUUAAUCCAGGAGUAGUGGUGUUGGAUGGUUUAUUGUAUGUUAUUGGGGGAAGCAAUAAGGCAACAACUGGACAAAAACAUUUAGAUUCUGUUGAAAUCUAUAAUCCCAGAAGCGAUUCCUGGACAAUUCAAACAAUAUCAAUAAGACGUCAAUGUUAUGGAGCAGUAGUAGUUAAUAGCCCACUACAUUUAUAAAUUAUUUAGCAGAAACAAUAACUUUAUUGAUGUUUUUAACCAUGUACAAUUUUGUACUGUUUAUUUUAAUAAU